CAUAAUGUAAACAAACUUUAAAUACCACUAUUCGUUUCAUUGACGUUAUCUCGCUCUUACACCGCGGGGUUUGACGUUUUAGAUUUUUCUAAGGCUAUUUUUCUCUACUUCUUCGAACUUUUGGAUUGAGUUAAGAAUCAUCUGAGGGAAUAAUGCAAGAUGGAUUUGUCACGAGCUUUACGCUUGAUGACUUCUUCAUAGCAGUUACUUCGGUAGAGAUCUCGAACUCAUUGAAAAACCACGAUGCACUUAGGGAAAAUGGUGGUUAGGAGAAAAAUUUACUACGCAAUACCACAAAGACCAUGGCAGUUCGCUAAACGCAGCUUUAUUUCGCCUUUUUACUUAAAGUUAGUUGGGAUAAUAGCCGUGGUCUUCUAUCUUCUUCCCGUGGUUUCUACAAAGCCGACGCCAAGUCAGCCACGUCCUUGCAAACUAACCCAGCACUGGGUUGAAGAUGAAGAUUGGUCACAGUUGUGCAUUGAUUGUAGAACUUGCCCGCCAGGACAGGGUCUGUCAACAGAGUGUGGCAGUUCUCAAAUGUUGCCUUUUAAUACCAUGGUGACCUGUGUGCCAUGCAUCUCUGGAGUUUCAUUCUCCAGAUAUGAAGAUUCGUCCACAUGCAUCCCUUGUACAUCCUGCUCCCAAGGUCAGGUGGUGGAACAAAGCUGUUCCCCCAAAAUGGAUGUCAAGUGCGCAAAUAAAUGCUCCAGCAAAGACAGAUAUUAUGAUGUGGACAUGGGAGACUGUUUGAGAUGUUCAACAUGCUGUGGUAAUGAUGCAGAUGUAGUGGUGGAUGAGUGUAAAGAGAAGAUUGGAGCUGAUUCAAACACCGUCUGUUCAUUUGACAGCAGUGUAAACCGCUGUGACCAAACAACACCUCAACCCACACCCACUAACAGCUCUGUUAGUCCCAAACAUGAUGUUCCUUAUACCACGCAAAAGAGCGAUCAUUCCACCCAAGCAAAGGAUCUGUGCUACUUGGCAGCAAUUGUUAUCCCGGUGGUGAUAGUGGUUGUUUUGUUUUUUUGUACUUGUUUAUGCUUCAAGAAAAAACUGGCUAAGAUGUUGAGUUGCUGUAAUCAUAAUAUUGAAGAGGAAGACCAUCAUGAUUUGCAGGACCGAUCAUCAAGUGACAGAAAGAGUGUAGACGACUCACAAGUAAUGUUAGCAGAGAGUGGUAAAUCAAAUAAGUCUGGAAAAUUUCAUUCAGGUUCAAAGGUACUCUUGUUGGCAGAGGGUACUCCUGAGAACUUGGACGACUCUGAACCCGCCAGAAAGAAAGAUUCGAAGCUACUUAGCAGCUUGUUGGAGAGUGCAUCCUACCAGUACUUAAAGAAAAUCUGUGAGCGAUUGGACACAGCUAUGGCAGGCGUAGGUGACUAUCGUGAUGUCUGUUCACACUAUGAUAUUGAUCAUUAUGAGAAGGCAGCAGUUUAUGAGAGGCACAAGGAUGGACCAUCCAGAGCCCUAAUUGACCACUUAGCAGCUACAAAUGAUCAGCUAACAGUGGCUCAGUUUGUAACUGUGGUGAGGAAAGUAGCAAAGAGAGGUGAUGUUGCGAAGCUUUUAGAGGAAUAUGAUUUGUUGCUCCAAACACAUGGAAGAAGUUGCUUGGGCUGCAGAGGUGAUGAGAUCACCUGGCGAAGCGAUAAACCAGGACAGAAAAGCAUGUGUAUGCCAUGUAUUGACUGCCCAGACGGAAUGGAACCCUCGAUUCCUUGCGGCGGGACGGCCAUAUAUGGAACACACCUACAUUGUGUACCAUGCACGCAGGGAACCUAUUCGGACAAUUACGGGAAAGGGCCCUGUAGGCCUUGCUCCCUAUGCUCCAUUGGUCGCACAGUGAAAAGGAACUGUUCUGCGGCUACGAACACUCGAUGUGGCUCUUGUAAGUUUGGUUAUUACCAGAAAGUUGUCAUCAUCAACAUGGUUUACCAUUGCCUUCCGUGUUCUGUCUGCUGUGAGGACGGUAAAGAUCAGUUAGAGAAGCAGUGCAAAGACCAAGGGCUGCCAAGGCAGCGACUUUGCAAACUUAGAGCCGCGCCCAGCUGUCAACUGGUUUGGACAGCUCCAAAGACCACGUGGAGUACACCAUUUUUAGGCGCAAAUCACACGGUAAAGGAAGGGGCAAGCCAAAAGGGACAAGCAGAGGAAGCUACUAUGGCUCCUUUACGAAGAACACCGGAGCCGUUUGCAAGAACCACUGCCACGACCACAAGUGCGACAUUUUCUUCUCAGGAAACGUUACCUACCUCUCAGUAUCAAAGAACUUCAGCUUCAGAGGGAUCCCACGGAAAUAAAUCAAAGGGAUCUUAUUCUGAUAGAAGCGUCGAUAGUAAUAAUCAAACUGUUAUUGUUGUAUAUACCAUGUGUGGUAUUUCCACUAUUUUCAUUGUAAUCAUUAUAAUUGUUUUUACACGAAACAAGCUUGCGCGCUUCUUUGAAAGGAUGAAGUGUGGUCCCAUCCUGAGGUGUAGAGACUCUGAACUCGGUAAACAAACAGAGAGAACUCCGUUAGAUGACAUCAAACAAUCGAUAAACGCUGUGCCACUAGGAGUUCUGAUCUCCUUAAAAGAUUUGAAGUCCCUUUCAUUUGACACAUAUACCAAAGUGUGGAAAAGACUAGACAAACAGGCGGAAGGAAUGAGCAAAGGUGACUUUAGAGAUGUGGCUUUACGGUUCUUGUAUUUAGAAGAAGACGUUUGGGAACUGGAGAAAGAAUUUAGAUCUUCUGGUUCAGGAAGUCCUUCAAGACAGCUUUUAGAAGGUCUAGAAACUAGACGACCUGAACUUACUGUGUUAGAGUUUAUCAAAGUUCUUCUGGAACCAAAUAUACUGAGGAACGAUGUAGUUGAAAUUUUGAAAGACUAUCUUCAUAGAUAAGUGAAAUUAUUCGGUUUCAGACAGAGAAGGCUCGUAGGUGGCGAAAGAAUUGGUGACGAAAGGCGUAGAAUCGGACUUGGCAACAAUUCCAUGCCGGUUUAGUUUACUGCUUAUACUGGAUUUACAACAUGAGCGAAAUUAAAUGGAAUCGGGUCACGACUACAUUCAUUUCUCACAUUUACACUUCCCGGGUGGCCAAAGCUGAUGACACGAAACAAGAGUGAGCGACACUCUCGCUGUUGCGAGAUGAGUUGUGUUGCAUGUAGCUUUGUAGAUUUUCCAUAAGGACAGUUGUCAUAAGGAUGGUUUUUUCUGAAUUUGAUGCGAUGUUUUUGCGAUGUUUUGUUAAUAAAACUGACUUUUGUUUUGCUACGUCUAA